AGCCCAAGAAUUUGAUCUUGGGCAGGAUGGCAUCUGCCCAGGACCUUUUAUUCCUGGCACUAUAUGGCUUGUUACUAGAGGUACCGACGGGAUGUCAUGCAACAGAUACGAGGCAGCCAAGGUUACGUCUGUCACAUAAAGAGCUCUGGGAUUUAAACAGGACGUCAGUCUUUCAUAGCCCAUUUGGAUAUCUUGGUCUUCAUAUAAUGCUGCUGGAUGAGUAUCAAGAGCGACUGUUCGUGGGAGGAAGAGACCUCUUGUAUUCCCUCAGUUUGGAUCGAGUCAGCGACAACUACCGAGAGAUCCAUUGGCCUAGUACACCUCUACAGGCAGAAGAAUGCCUAAUUAAAGGAAGAGAUGCUGAUGAAUGUGCAAAUUACAUCCGUGUCCUUCACCGAUACAAUAGAACACAUCUUCUGGCUUGUGGAACAGGAGCUUUUGAUCCGCUCUGUACUUUUGUUAGAGCUGGACAUCCAUCAGAGGAUCAUCUGUUUCAACUGGAAUCGCACAAAUUUGAGAGAGGACGAGGCAGGUGCCCUUUUGACCCCAGUUCUUCCUUCACCUCCAUCUUAAUUGGUGGUGAACUUUUUACUGGUCUCUACAGUGACUACUGGGGAAGAGAUGCUGCUUUGUUUCGAACCAUGAACCGCAUGGCCCAUCUCCGAACUGAACCUGAUAGUGAGCGCCUGUUGAAAGAACCAAAAUUUGUUGGCUCAUACAUGAUUCCUGACAACGAAGACCAUGAUGAUAACAAAGUAUAUUUCUUCUUUACUGAAAAAGCAUUAGAGGCCGAGACAAGCACUCAUGCCAUAUAUACCAGAGUGGGACGCGUAUGUGCGAAUGAUAUGGGAGGCCAGCGAAUGCUUGUGAAUAAAUGGAGCACUUUCCUCAAAACCAGGCUAGUUUGUUCUGUGCCCGGGAGAAAUGGAAUUGAUACACAUUUUGAUGAAUUAGAGGAUGUGUUUUUGCUGCAAACUCGUGAUAACAAAAAUCCAGUGAUAUUUGGCCUCUUCAACACCACAAGCAAUAUAUUUAGAGGAUAUGCUAUAUGUGUUUACCACAUGGCAAGUGUCCGAGCAGCUUUCAAUGGACCAUAUGCUCAUAAAGAAGGACCUGAAUACCACUGGGCUCUAUAUGAAGGAAAAGUACCUUAUCCUAGACCUGGUUCAUGUGCCAGCAAGGUGAAUGGCGGUCUGUACACUACGACUAAAGACUACCCUGAUGAAGCUGUCCAUUUUGCCAGGAGUCAUCCACUGAUGUAUCAGCCCAUCAAGCCUGUUCAUAAGAGACCAAUACUAGUUAAAACAGAUGGAAAGUACAAUCUUAAACAAAUAGCAGUGGACAGAGUGGAAGCUGAAGAUGGGCAAUAUGAUGUCUUGUUCAUUGGUACAG